UCACCAGAAGCGCAGAGCUGCAGAACGACGACGCAGCAGCAGCAGCAGCAGCAAUGCACAACAGAGCGCACGGGAAGUAACACGGGGUGCCAAAACUUUCACACCCAGACACACACACACAUGAAACUGGGAGGUGCUUGAUUAUACAGCAUUUUAUUUGAUCUCAUUUGUGUGCCUGGAAGAAGCAGGGAUGCUGAAAUGUAGAAGAAGAGAAAUUUUAUUAUUAUUAUUAUUAUUAUUAUUAUUAUUUUGAAUCUAUACUUUUCUUUCUUUUCUUUUUUAAUUCUGAUGGACCAUGCAAUUGAAAUGCACUUUUUCACAAAGAGAUCCACAAAAACAAGUCAGGAAUCCGAGGAUUUAAUCAUCUUCUGCUUUCAAAACAGCACCAACACGACUUUCAGCUCGUUCAGACGGAAACAGCAGGAACACAUUCGGAUGGGCUUUAUUUCAUUACAUUUUUUAUUUGUAAUAAUUCCACAUGUCGGCUUCAUUGGAUUAAAGAUAAACCAUUAAGGUAAAUCCGAGUCAUUCUGCGACUCAAAUACUUUAUUUUUUGUCCAUCUUUAUGAAGCACUGACCUUCUGCUCGCUUUUACGCACUGGAGGAUGCGCUUCUCUCUAAGCUUAUUCUUCUUAUUUUCCUUUCGGGGCACGUGAUCUGCAUCAUGCUCCUUCAUUCUCACUCUUAUAAACUUCUCAGGACUCCAGUGCUCACAGUCUGUGGCUGUUCAUGACACUUUAUGAAACAGUUAUAAUGAUUCGGCGCUGUGAGAGUUCAUCACUCGGCCUGUUCUGACCUUUCUGUCGCUUCAUCCACAUCAGAUCUGCGCUUGGGAGCCAAGUCACGCGCGUGCAACCGGGAACCGGAGGGUCGCUGAUUGAUUGAUUGAUUGAUUGAUUGAUUGAUUGAUUGAUUGACUGUUAAGGAGAAACACCGUGAAACUCCUUGCGAGUGCACGCGCGCGCACUGACAUCUAAAACAGAAAAGGAAGAAAGAAAAGAGAGAGAGAGAGAGAGAGAGAGAGAGAGCAGUAUUUCCUCCUCCACGCUUCAGCAUCAUUUCUGUGGAUUUAUUUCUUUUUCUUUUCUUUCUUUUUUCUUUUCUUCACCGCAGUGAGAUGACAGGGAUGGAGCUUGAUGCCUUUUGGUUUGAUCCCCUGCGCGAGGAUGCGAUCAUAACGCGUUAAAACAAAAAAAAAACAAAAAAACAAAAAACCAGCACGGAUGCAAUAUUCGGUGCAUGCGUUCGGGUCUUGUGCACGCUCCGGGACGUUGCUGUGGUGGAUCUCCGCUUCUUCUUCUUCUUCUUCAUCGUCACAGCUGCUGCUGCUGCUGCUGCUGUUCAACGCCAUGGGCUGCAUCCAGAGCCUCAGGUACAAGCCCAAGAGUUUCCGCGAGAGCGUCGCCGUGCUCGAGGUGACCACCUCCAUCGACCCAAACCCCACCAGCAUCGACGAGUCCUCCAGCGUGGUGCUGCGCUACCGGACACCGCACUUCCGCGCCACCGCGCGCGUCCUCGUGCCCCCGGUGGCCGCCAAGGAGACGUGGACGGUGGGCUGGAUCCAGGCGUGCAACCACAUGGAGUUCUACAACCGAUACGGAGCCGAGGGCAUGUCGAGCUGGGAGCUUCCGGAUCUCCGCGAUGGUAAAAUCCAAGCCAUCAGUGACUCGGAUGGCGUGAACUACCCCUGGUACGGGAACACCACAGAGACCUGUACCGUCGUGGGUCCAACCAAGAAAGACACCAAAUUCACCGUCAGCAUGAACGACAAUUUCUACCCAAGUGUGACGUGGGGCGUCCCGGUGAGCGAGAGCAAUGUGCCGAUGCUGAGCAACAUCUGGAGGGACCAGAGCUUCACCACGUGGCUGGUGGCCAUCAACCAGACAUCAGGAGAGACGGUGGUGCUGCAGACGGUGCGCUGGCGCAUGCGACUGCACAUUGAGGUGGAUCCGGACAAACCGCUGGGGAAACGAGCCAAACUUCUGGAACCCGUCGCUCAGGAACAGCCGCAACUACUGGGCAAAAACGAGCCGAUCCCGCCCAAUGCCAUGGUCAAACCCAACGCCAACGAUGCACAAGUCCUCAUGUGGAGGCCCAGGACUGGAGAUCCAGUGGUGGUCAUCCCUCCUAAAUACUGAUUACACUUUUAUACAUUUUUUUUAACGCAAAUCAAACUUGAGGUCGAUGGAAACGUGGACGAGGAGCAGAGCAGCGUUUCUGAUGACAGAAUGGGUCGGGAUCACUGUGAUAAAUGAGAAAAAAAGGGUGACAAAAGCUUUUCAGUGUGUUUUGCAUUGGAAUAUUCCAUUUGUAUUUAUUUAUUUAGGUGGCGUUCACUAAAGGCGCAGUUUUUUUGUGCUGAGGAACGAUGCUUUCAGAAUUUUAUACAACACUGAUGACAAGACAUUGAAUCCAUGCUGCCUUAAGUUUACAUCGCUUUUUACUGCAAAAAAACAAAAACAAAAAACUCUGAGCCUUAAACAAACAACAUGCAACGCAGUAAAGCCUCAUAAAUCCACAUCUCAUGAUCAGUGGUGUUCCCUAAAGGACUGUAUUCAUUUUAUUAUUAUUAUUAUUAUUUAUUUUUUAUUUUUUUACAGCGUAUUGCAUACACACCUUUUGAAAGCACGGUGGGUUUAUCCAGAUGCUUCUUAUUUCAUGGUUAGGAAUAACUCCAGGAGACAGUUUGGGUCAUUUUUAGUUUGAUUCAUUUUCUGUAGACGGAAAGGAAACUUUAUCGGAGCAGUGCAGAGCGAAUUACAGAAACAAUCCAGAACGUCCUGGACGUCCUUCAAGCACAGCAAUACAGCAAUUCAGCCGUCAGAUCAGCGUCUCGUAACGAGAGCCGCGUCCCGCUUCUGAUCAAACACUGAACGCCACGUUCAUCAGCACUGAGCAGGACAAAUGAAUAUGACAUCACACACACACACACACACACACACACACACACACACACACACACACACACACACACACACGCACGCACAAAUGUUUGUCUCACUAUCCUUAUGAGGACCUUCCACUGACAUAAUUAUUAUUUCAGUUAAUUAAUGCUGUGCCUGAACCUAAACAUAACCAUAACCUCAGUAAUGAAAAGGAAACUUUCUGGCUCUUUUAUUUAUUUUUAUUUUUGUUAAAAAAACCCACAACAACAGCAAUUUCUUUGUGGAGACCAUCCGAAUGUCCCCACAAGGUCGAAACUGUCAGAUUUUACUUUCCUUGUGGGAACAUCUAUUCCUCAGUAGUUUAUAAACACACACACACACACACACACAGAGAAAGAGCAGUGUUCUUUGUUUUAACCUGCUGUUGUUGGUCAUGUAGAGUUUAUUUCUUUAUUUCACAGAUUCUCACUUUAACAUGAGAAUAAAAAUCACACCAUGCGCUGGA